GGCACAUGAAGAUUCACGAGAAGGAUCCGAACAGCACAGCAAGCACAACUCCCCCGUCACCGCUGAAGCGCAGGCGAUUAUCUUCGAAACGGAAGUUUAGUCAUGAUGCUGAGAUGGACAGAGAGGAGAGGACACCUGCAAAAAAGGUUGUGGAGGAUGGUCACUCCGGUGAAGGGGAUAAGAAGGCUGAGGAGGAAGUUUAUCAUUGUCCAGUGUGUUUCAAAGAUUUUUUUUGCAAGUAUGGGCUGGAGUCCCACAUGGAGACACAUCCAGAUAAUUCGCUGAGGUGUGACAUCUGUUGUAUUACCUUUCGUACUCAUCGGGGCUUACUGCGCCAUAAUGCAGUUAUCCACAAGCAGCUUCCCAGAGAUCCCAUGGGAAAGCCUUUCAUUCAGAACAACCCUUCAAUUCCAGCAGGCUUCCACGACUUGGGAUUCACGGACUUCUCCUGUAGGAAGUUCCCCCGCAUUUCUCAGGUCUGGUGUGAAACGAAUUUGCGAAGGUGCAUCAGUGACUUCCAUCGAUUUAUUUGCGAGACGUGUAACAAGGCAUUCCCCAUGCUUUCAGCACUCAAACUGCACACAGAAACUCACAUAGUGGAUCAGGGAAAAGACAAGCACAAGCCACAGUCCACGACCCCACCCAGUGAGAACCCAGACCAGAAAGCCUUCAUGGCAUCCUUGGGCCUACAGUACACCAAAGACAUCAAGCCUGUCAAGCAGGAGGACAAUACACAAGAUGAAGUCCAAGAAAUGCGGCUCAGAGCACUGAAGAGUAACCUACCUCAGGAACCCAGCAGCACCGGUCUGCUCAGCCUCUCUCCUCUGGAAGCUGCCUCUAUGGGAGGGUCAUUUUCAGUCCUUCCCCCUACAAAAGAAAACAUAAAGCUCCUCUCGCUGCAGCCUUUCCAGAAGGGUUUUAUCAUCCAGCCUGACAGCAGUAUUGUGGUAAAACCCAUCUCCAAUGAGUCUGCCAUUGAGCUGGCAGACAUUCAGCAGAUCUUGAAGAUGGCUUCUUCCGCUCCUCCUCAAAUCAGUCUUCCUCCACUUUCUAAGGCACCUUCUGUCCCUGUGCAGUCCAUUUUCAAGCAUAUGCCGCCGCUGAAGCCAAAGCCUUUGGUAACGCCCCGAACAGUCGUCGCGACCUCUACACCUCCUCCUCUUAUCAGUGCCCAGCAAGCCUCCCCUGGCUGCAUCAGCCCAAGCCUCCCACCUCCGCCUCUGAGGCUGAUCAAGAACUCGGUGGAGUCCUCCUCCAACUCUCACCUCCCCCAGCCAGGAGCCAAAUCGAGUCCUUCCUCACAGUUGCUCCUCCAACCCAAAGUAGAGCCUUUAACUCAGCACGAGAUGAAGACACAACUGGAGCAGGACAGCAUCAUCGAAGCUCUCCUGCCUCUGAGUAUGGAAGCCAAGAUCAAGCAAGAGGUCACAGAAGGAGACCUCAAAGCCAUCAUCGCAGGGGCAGCGAACAAGAAAGCCCCAACCAUGAGGAAAGUUCUGUACCCCUGCCGUUUCUGUGACCAGGUGUUUGCCUUCUCUGGUGUCCUGAGAGCUCACAUCCGUUCUCACUUGGGUAUUUCCCCAUACCAAUGCAAUAUCUGUGACUACAUCGCAGCUGACAAGGCAGCACUGAUCCGGCACCUGCGGACGCACAGCGGGGAGAGGCCUUACAUCUGUAAAAUCUGCCACUACCCAUUCACAGUGAAAGCCAAUUGUGAGAGGCACUUGCGAAAGAAACACCUCAAAGUGACCAGGAAGGAUAUAGAGAAGAACAUCGAAUAUGUCACCAGCAAUGCCGCAGAGAUGGUGGAUGCCUUCUGCUCCCCUGACACUGUGUGCAAGCUGUGUGGCGAGGAUCUGAAGCAUUACCGGGCCCUCCGCAUUCACAUGAGGACGCACAGUGGCUGCCAGAAGAAGAAGCCAUUUGAGUGCAAGGAGUGUGGCACAGCCUUUUCGGCCAAGAGAAAUUGCAUUCACCAUAUUCUCAAGCAGCACUUGCACGUGCAAGAAAGGGAGAUUGAGAAUUACAUCUUAGCGGUGGACUGCAGUGCCCAGGAAAGCCAGACAGAUCCUCCUUUAUUGGAGGACAGCACUUACAUGGACCGCAAGCCCAUGACGCCUUUCCUGGAGCCACAAAACGGCUUCUUGCUUGGGACGUCAUCUCACAUUCCCAUCAAACUUGAACCUGCGGGCAACUUCCCAAUGGAUUUUGACGAGCCGUUGGAUUUCUCUCAGAAGAACAAAAACCUGAGUGCUGUGCAAGUGAAGCAGGAGAACCUGUUUGGCUCUUCUCCCUUGUCCCUCUACGACUGUUCCAUGGAGCCCAUUGACCUGUCCAUCCCCAAAGCCCUGAAGAAGGAUAAAGAUGAUGUCCCAUGUGAAGCCAGGAAUCAAGAAUUGGCUGCUUCUGGAAACAGUGAUAAAGCCUAUAACUGUCUGCAGUGUCCUUUGGUUUUUGGUGCCAAUGGGAACUCAGAGAAAAACAGGGCUGUCAGACAUCCCCAGCCACUGAAAGGUUCAUUGCAUUUGACUGUCCCAAUCAUUUCCCCGGCUCUUCUUGGCAAUUCUGCCUUGCUGAGACCCUUGAGGCCUAAACCACCACCACCACCUCUCUUGCCAAAGCCUCCAGUAACUAAAGAGCUGCCACCAUUGGCUUCCAUUGCACAGAUCAUUUCAUCUGUGUCUUCUGCUCCCGCUUUGCUGAAAACGGAGGCUGCAGAUGCCAGUCCCAAGGCAGUGAGCAGCUCCACUGGGUGUGACAAAUCAGGGAAUGCCAAAGCAAAAGUGACAAUCGUGACCACCGUUCAGAGAGACUCCAGCCUGCCCAGUGACCUGACUCAGACAUGUGAUCCAGAGCAGUCUCCCAUUGCCGAUGCUGGGUUGACUAAGAAAAGAGGUAGAAAGAAAGGAACAAAAAAUAAGCCUAAACUUAGCAGUGGUGUGGAUCUGGAGUCAAGUGGGGAGUUUGCCAGCAUAGAGAAGAUGCUGGCUACCACAGACACUAAUAAAUUUAGCCCGUUUCUGCAGUCCACUGACAAUUUCAAGGAAGAAAGCGGCAGAAAUGGAACAAGUGAGGAUGAGAAGGAAACUGCCGAAGAUAAGCUGCUCAGAGGGAAGAGGAACGCUUACUCAGACUGCGUGCAAAAUAUCCCCUGUCCUUACUGUCCUCGAGUCUUUCCAUGGGCAAAUUCCCUGCAGCGGCACAUGCUCACUCACACAGACAGCCAGUCUGAUGCAGAGACACUAGCUACAGGAAACGAAGUCUUGGACCUGACCUCCUGUGAGAAGGAACAGCGAGAGGGAGUAACAGAGCUACUGGAGAGUGAGUGCGGCCCCAAGGAGGAGCAAAAGGCUGACUCCCCUCUGGCAGAAGAGGAUGCCGAAGAAAGAGCAGAUGGAUAUGAAGAGGGCCCUGAGGAAGAUUCUGUAAGUAACAAAAGUCUUGACCUCAAUUUUGCCAGCAAAUUAAUGGACUUCAAGCUGGCAGAGAGUGACCAGAGUGCAGGCAGGAGUUCUCAGACUGAAAGGAAACAUGCCUGUGACAUUUGUGGCAAAACCUUCAAGUUUGCUGGCACUCUUAGCCGUCACAAAAAGGCCCACACUCGUGAGGACAGAAAGGAUGAAAGGAGCAGUGAGGAUGAAAGCAAAGGCAUUCAGGAUGAUGCAGGAGCUCCCUCGAUGCAGGACUCUGGUCUUGAGCAGGAAGAGUCUCCGAUGGACUUGAAGGUAGUGGAGUCUCCUGUGGACUGUGAGGCAACAGGAAAGGAGAAUGAAGAGAGCGAAAGCGUCUCUGAGGGGGAAGGCACAGAGAGAAAGUCCACUGAGAAGAGCAGUGAUGACAAAAAACCAAAGACUGAUGGGGCUAAGAGUACUGCAAAAGCAGACAAAAGAAAGAAAGUCUGUACUGUGUGCAACAAGCGUUUCUGGUCUCUGCAAGAUCUGACGCGGCAUAUGCGGUCUCAUACAGGUGAGAGACCGUACAAGUGUCAAACCUGUGAACGGACCUUCACUCUGAAACACAGCCUGGUUCGUCACCAGCGCAUACACCAGAAAGUCAAAAAUGCCCGAAACCAUGGGAAGGAGAGCGACAAGGAGGAGACACAGUCGAGGUGUGGAGAAGACAGCGAAAAUGAGUCUAGCCACAGUGGCACCAACCCCAUCUCAGAAAAUGAGUGCGACUCCGCGGGGGGCGUCGGUAGCCAUACGUCACUCAUGGGAAGCCGAAAAGAGUCCCUGGCUGGCACGGCCAAGGACUCCCCCUGCAGAGAGGAGAGGCCGAGCGGGCGAGGAGCCGGCAGCUGCCUCGCGGAGCCCAGCAAGAGUGCACAGAAACAGACAGCAAAAGACCAGGAACCUCGGGGUAGCUCCGAGCACGAGAGGCCCUCAGGUUUCAUUCAAGACUUGCUGGAGAUGCACAACAAAAAGUCUCCCAUGAAUCACAUCCUUGCCUCUGCAGACAGUGCGCCUCAGCUCUUGGGGGUUGAAUGACUUGCUAGAAGGUUGGACCCGUCCCAGCACGCAAACUGAAGCCAGCAGAGCAAGGUUUCUGAAGUCUUUGUUUUUGGAAGAGCGACCUACAGCUGCGGGGAGGAGAGUAUGGCAGACUGGAUGCGGUGCCAUAUGCCUUUCAGUAUAAUAAUGCAAGAGACUACAGUAUAUACUGAUUUGAGUGCCUUACUACUUUAUUAGAUCUUUUGGUAUCAUAGAUUUUUUUCAAAAAUGAUUUUUUUUUUAAUAUUUUAAUGAAUUAUUUGGAGAGGACCUUUUUCAUUUAAGCAUUAAUGUUACCUUUUGUAUUGGUGUGCGUGAGCUUGUUCUUGUAUAUCUGUGAUAGUCGCUGUGUUUGUUCUCUGAGCUGGAAAUGGGGGCAGUGGGGUGGGAGGCCCUUGGAUACCACAGCCAAUAACUGGAAGAAAAAUUAUGUGAAUUUCAUAUGAAAUAGUCAGAGGAAAUGCAGAUGAGAUGUUGAUUUAUUGUUUUUUCUCAGUAGAUGUUCUUGCAUUGGCCACAUGGUGGAGCAUUAAGCCUGUUCCAGGCCUGAACAACGUGGCAGUUGAAGGUGUUCAAAGUGGUUCAAGCCAAAAGCAGGAAACACAACGAAUUUCAACCUCACGCUUGUUUCCACUUUUCGGCAUUAGAAAUGGUCUUCUAAAUCCUAGGGGUUUUUUCUGGCCAUCGUGGACUGAGCGUGUAUACAGAGAAGAGUUACAUAGCAACGUAACCUAUGGAAAUUAUGCACCCGCUGUUAUAUAUGUUUGAUUUGCUUCAGUAUAUU